AUGUCCAGCCUGUCCUUCAUAGAAGUCAGCUACAACACCAUUGUGGUACCCUUGAUGCUCUCCCAUGUUGUGGGGGCCUGGAAGCCCAUUACACUGGCAGGCUGUGGGGCCCAAAUGUUCUAUUUUCUCACACCUGGUGGUGCUGACUGUUUUCUCCUUGCAAUCAUGGUGUCUGAUGGCUAUGUGGCCAUCUGCUACCCGCUGCACUACACCCUCGUCAUGACUCAGAAGCUGUGCAUCCAGGUGGUGGCCUUCGCCCUGGGCCUGGCGCUCUUCCUGACCGUGCAGCGCACGUCCUUAAUCUUCACCUUGCCCUUCUGGGAGCACCUCCGGGCGAUCAACCACUUCCUCUGUGAUGUGCCUCCGGUCCUGCGGCUGGCCUGCGCGGACAUCCACGUGCACCAGGCUGUCCUCUAUGUCGUGAGCAUCCUCGUGCUGACCGUCCCCUUCCUGCUCAUCUGCGUCUCCUACAUGUUCAUCGCCUCGGCCAUCCUGCGCAUCCGUUCGACGCAGGGUCGCCGCCCGGCCUUCUCCACCUGUUCCUCCCACCUUACCGUGCUCUUGCUGCAGUAUGGCGUCUGUGCCGUGGUCCACCUGCAUCCCCCGUCCAGGGCGUCAGCCUUUGAGGAGCUCCAAAUCGCUCUGAUCUACACCUUUGUCGCCCCCUUACCACCCCUGAUUUACACUCUGCGGAGCAAGGAAGUCAAAGGUGCUCUGGAGAAUAUCGUCAUCGGUGUAUCAGCCUCUGACACCAAUCGAAGGCUUAGGGGAACGGGGGAUGGGGUGAGUCUGAAGGUCGCCUUGAUAAUGAACUCCAUCCAAAUGACGAAAGUAGAAUUUUAA